AUGAAACGUCCACCCGUGCCCGUCCAGCAGCAGCCGCCGCCCACGUCCCAGCCGCCACAGCCGUCAGCGUCCUCCGUGCACCCGUCCGGGUUGGGCGUGGAUGAUGCCCUGUCCGCCAUCAUGGCCGGUCGGUCGGCGGCGGGCGUAGGUGCGUCACCGACGGCCACCGGUCCGGGUAGUGCGGCAGCGGCCGCCGCCGCAGCAGCCGCGGCAGCUGCGGCUGCUGCCGCCGCCGGUGUCAUGCUGGACGAUCUCGACCUGGCCACCCAGCGUAAUCUUGCCCUAGCGCGGCUUAAUGCGUCACCACUGUCGUCGGCCGCCGGCGGCAUUAAUCCAACCCCUUCCAAUGGUAGUUCGGCGGCGGCUGUCGCAGUGGCGGCUGCUGCUGCUGCCGCGGCUGCAGCAGCGGCCGCCAACGGUCCCGACGGUCCGGCCCUGUACGGCCAUCUGUACGGCAAGGAGAUGGGCUUAAUGCGCAAACUUUCCUCGAUGGAUGAUUUCCCAUCGGCGACGGCGACCAACCCGUCAGCAGCCGCCAUGCGCACCUAUCAGCAGCUGUUGCAGUCGGAUGGACAUCAUAAUCACCAGCAUCAUCCAUCGGCGGCCGGUGGCACAGGCGGUUCCAAUUACAACCAAACGCAACCACAGCAGCAACAAUCGCAAGGAAAAUUUAAUGGUGGACAAUUUGGUUACCCACAGGCGAGCGGUUUGCUAAAGCCAUGCUACGAUUAUGGUACGCCUCAGCAACAUCAACAGCAAGCGGCAGCAGCAGCAGCAGCAGCCGCUUUAGCCGCCCAACAUCAUCAGAUGCAGCCGCCCAAUCAGCCGCCAGCAAACAAUGGUUCGAACAACGGGGUUGGAACACCGAUCAAGAAAGAACUCGGCUAUACCGGGGGUGCUGAUCUUUACACACCACCCUUAACACCUUCGUCGAUCGGUAGCGGUGGAUCAAACUCCGGCCAAGGACCGCCAGCCGUGACAGCUUCCUCGACCGUACCCUCCUCAACGGCUUCGUCCUGUUCGGCGACCACUGCAGCGGCCCUUUCCUUCAUGAACAAUCUUUACGGCGAUGCUGGUCAUGGUGAACCAUUCGCCAACGGUGGCGCUGCCAAUAGCUGUAUGCGACCGAACGGUGGCUUAAAGGUGGACCCGCAGACCACAAUGCUCGGUUCGAUGGGUGGCCGAGGCAGCGGCUCAAUUAUAAAUAGUUUAGCAAAUAGUAGCACCAAGCACGAACCAAAUACAGCGAACGAUGCCGGUGCCAACGAUCAUCUGCAUCAUCAGCAGCAUCAUCAUCCGCAGGCACACGGUCUGGGCGGUGGUGGACAUCAUCAUCCGAUGCAGCUCCACUGUCAGCAGCAUUCGAUGGGUGUCCAGGGCGGUGGUCCCAUGCAUCUUCAGCAUCAUCUCGGUGCAAAUCAAGGCUCGAUGGGAGGAAGCGGCAGUGGGAAUUCGGUCACAACCAGCGGAGGAGGAAAUAGUGGAGUCGGAAGUACCAACGCAACUCCAACGCCGCUAAAUGGCCCAGGUAGUGAAGAGGACCACGAUAAGCUGUCAUCACCGCUGACCGGUACCUCGACGCUAACGUCCGAUCUGCACGAUCCGGACAACGAUAGCAAUCCGGACGGUUACACGAUUCUGUAA